AUGCGAUUCCAAAACCAUGUCCUGGCCCUUGCGGCCGUGGGUGUUUCCAGCGUUUCCGGGGCAAAAUUCACCUUCACCGGUACCAAUGAGGCUGGCGCAGAGUUUGGUGAAACUGUUUUCCCGGGUAGAUUGGGAGAACAUUACAUCUGGCCGGAAACUGGUGCGAUUGAUACACUUGGGGCCACCGGCAUGAACACCUUCCGAAUUGCAACACGGAUGGAAAGACUCGUUCCAGACACUCUCACCGGCUCCAUUAAUGAGACCUAUUUCGAAGGUCUACAGACUGUUGUUGAUCAUGUCACUGGCAAGGGCUGGUAUGCCGUGAUUGAUCUACACAACUAUGGCCGCUACUAUGGCAACAUCAUCACAGACGUUGAUGGUUUUGGCGCGUUUUGGAAGACGCUGGCAAGCCGCUUCUCCAGCAACAGCAAGGUAGUCUUUGACACCAACAACGAGUACCAUGACAUGGACAACUCACUUGUGAGGGACCUCAACCAAGCCGCCAUCGACGCUAUCCGAGGAGCUGGAGCUACCUCUCAGUACAUCUUUGUCGAGGGCAAUGCUUGGAGCGGUGCCUGGUCUUGGGUAUCAAGUGGCAACGGCGACAGCCUCAAGGAUUUGACGGAUCCCCAGAACCUUCUAGUGUACGAGAUGCACCAGUAUCUUGACUCGGACUCCUCCGGAACCCACACAGAGUGUGUCUCCGCCACAAUCGGAGUUGAGCGCGUCAAGGAAGCGACGCAGUGGCUAAAGGACAACAACAAGAUCGGAAUUCUAGGCGAGACAGCUGGAGCCGUCAAUGAUGUGUGCAGGGAGGCGGUAAAGGGUGAACUCCAAUACCUUCUCGACAACUCUGAUGUCUGGAAGGGCUGGCUCUGGUGGGCUGCUGGUCCCUGGUGGGGGGAUUACAUGUUCAACUUGGAGCCACCCUCCGGCACCGCUUAUCAACAACUUCUCAGUGAUCUCCAGCCAUUCAUCGGAGCCUGA